CUUAUUUCCGCCAGACGCGUGACGUCUUGGUGCUUCGACCACCUUGUAAUAUCUCAACAGUCUCAGACCAACAAUAGCCUCCUUUACUAUCUCUAAUGUCGGAAGACACAAAGUAUCCAUACCCAUGGAUGCGGGAACGGAGAAGAGAGCAAAAUGCACGGGCUAAGCGGCGUAGUCGUCAGCGGCAAAAGGCGCAACAAGUAGCAGACCCCGAGGCUGUGAAACGGCGUAAGAGUCAGCUUAGGCUAGCUCCUCCAACAGACUCUGGUCCUCUCUGUCGCGUUAACAACCACUCUGUAAUGUGAGCAUAUGAAAUCAGAUCGCACGAUGCACACCAGAGGCUCACAUUAACCAGCUCGGCUUGCUGUAUACAAGAGCAUAGAAGUGCUCGACCACACCUUUUAUUUCGAGAGCUUCUAGGCUGUUUCGCUAGCGUUUCUGAUCUAGAGAACGUUGCGAAAAUCCUCGACGUGGAACAACUCGGAAUUGCUGCCAUCUUGAAAUAUGGCAUUAUUUCGAUGGGUGGAGCCCUUGACGAUCGUUUGCUGGACAUAGCAAACCAAACAUGCUUUUGCUGCUGGCUUGAGUUGAUCAUAUCUGACCUCAACUCCCCCUUUAAUGUCGGGUUGGCUUUGUACUCCGGGGUUCGUCGUCUAUCGCAAAUGAAAGGUCCUCCUGGGUGGAGCACCGACGCCGUAGGCAUUCCGACGGCAAGAAGAUUGUUGCAAGUCGAACCGAAGUGUAGCGACCUCAGAACAAUCAGACUCACCAGUUUCUCAAGUACUUCUGCCUUUCUCGAAAAUGCCAAGCAGCUGGGGUUAUCCAUCGGCGAUUUUGUAGAUGACAAUUCGGAAUCGCCAUUUUGUUCAAGAGUGGGAGAUGUUCGCCGGUACCAGCCUAUUUCCUAUCAAGCAUUGGCCGCAGAUCUCCAGCCCACCCCGGAGCAAAUGAGGAUCCCCCACCAUCCCUAUCUGGACAUUGUACCAUUUCCCUCCUUUCGUGCCAAAGCAUUGACAGCAAUUUCAUCCGGGACCCCAGCGUUCAGCGAGGAUGAGCUAUGUUUUGAUCUGGCACAUGAUAGCAUGCGCUGUUGGGGUUCCACCGCCACUUCUUUACAUGGCCGUGGAAACGGGACUCCUUGGGAUGCACGCAGCUGGGAGAUCUCUCCAUGGUUUCUGAAGAAAUGGGGUUUCCUUGUCGGAACCGAGGAUGACACUAUCUAUCAAAAUAGUCUCUGGUGGUGGUCCCAGAGGUAGAAUCAAUGUUGGGCAAUGUUGCUAUACGAUAAGGUCCACGUCUUAACAUCCAUUCACAGUGAAAUCGGUGUAGGAUACUGAGAUGAAGCAAAAAUAGUCUCGCAUCUUUUCGCACGAUUAAUUGACGUUUGAUUUCUGCAGAUUUCGG